GCCCGCCGCCCCGCCCCAUCCCGCCGUGACCCCGCCGCCGACCGGCCGACCAGCCGAGCUCUUGCCCUUCUCUGCGUCCCCAGCCUCGUGUUUCCAGGAUGUCCGGGGCGCUGCUGAGGCGGGAGUGCUACAGGAUGCUGCGGCGAGUGCUGCUGCCCUCUGCCAGGCCCGGCCUCCCCUCAGCCAGGCUGUGUGGGGUGCGGCUGUGCUCCAUCUACACCACUGACCCCAUCCGCCCCGAGGAGCCGACCUUCACCAAGAUACUUAUCGCAAACCGCGGGGAGAUCGCGUGCCGAGUCAUGAAGACGGCCAGGAAGAUGGGCAUAAAGACGGUUGCCAUACACUCAGAUGUUGACUCGUAUGCUCCCCAUGUGAAGCUUGCUGACGAGGCGAUAUGUGUGGGCACAGCGCUGGCCCGGGACUCCUACCUGCGCAUGGACAAGAUCAUCGAGGCCAUCAAGGAGACAGGGGCCCAGGCCGUUCAUCCUGGCUAUGGCUUCCUGAGUGAGAAUGCAGAGUUUGUACAAAAGCUUGAGGACCUUGGCGUGUCCUUCAUCGGACCGAACGCCGCAGCCAUCGUCGGCAUGGGGGACAAACUGGAGUCCAAGAGGCUGGCCAUGGCUGCCGGUGUCAACACUAUCCCAGGUUUCGAUGGCAUAGUCAAGGACGCCGAGGAUUGUGUGAAAAUCAGCAAUGACAUUGGAUACCCUGUGAUGAUCAAGGCAUCCGCUGGUGGGGGCGGCAAAGGCAUGAGGAUUGCAUGGAACGAUGAUGAGGCCAAGGAGGGCUUCAAGCUGUCCACCUCUGAGGCUGCUGCAAGUUUUGGGGACGACCGGAUCCUGGUGGAGAAGUUUGUGGACAACCCGAGACACAUUGAAAUCCAGGUGUUGGGUGACAAGCACGGCAACGCUAUUUACCUCAAUGAGCGAGAGUGUUCCAUCCAGCGCCGUAACCAGAAGGUGAUUGAGGAGGCCCCAAGUGUGUUCCUGGACGAGGCCACGCGGCGGGCCAUGGGGCAACAGGCGGUGGCCCUGGCCAAGCAGAUCGGCUACUCCUCGGCCGGCACCGUGGAGUUCCUCGUCGACUCCAAGAAGAACUUUUACUUCCUCGAGAUGAACACGAGACUUCAGGUGGAGCAUCCCAUCACUGAAUGCAUCACUGGCGUUGACCUUGUCCACCAGAUGAUCAGGGUUGCCAAAGGUCAUCCGCUGCGGCUGAGCCAGGACGACAUCUCCAUCCGUGGCUGGGCCAUGGAGAGCAGAGUGUAUGCCGAGGACCCCUUCAAGAACUUUGGCCUCCCCUCCAUUGGCAGGCUGUCCAGGUACCAGGAGCCCCUGCAUCUGCCCAAGGUGAGGUGUGACAGUGGCGUCGAGGAAGGGAGCGAGAUCAGCAUCUACUACGACCCCAUGAUCUGCAAGCUGGUGUGCUACGGGGACGACAGGGAGGAGGCCAUCCAGCGCAGCAUCCAGGCCCUCGACGCUUAUGUCAUCCGAGGUGUCACCCACAACAUCCCACUCCUGCGUGACAUCCUGACGGAGGAGCGGUUUGUGUCGGGCAACAUCUCCACCAACUACCUGCCGGAGGUGUACCCGGAUGGCUUCAAGGGCAAGCAGGUGUCGCCGCGGGAAAAGGUGGAGCUGACGGCCAUCCUUGCUGCCAUCCACCUCAAGGAUGAGCUGAGGAGCCGAGUGUUCCUCAACGACCACAGGAGCGCCGGGAACGCCAAGCUGCCAGACGUAUGGGAUCUGGUCAUUAAGUUUGGGGACUGGGAGGUUCCUUGCACUGCCAGGCUUGCCAAGGACAACUUUGAGGUGACGGUGGACAACACAACGGUCACCGUGGACAGCCAGUUUGACUUAGCUACGCCGCUGAUCGAGGCAAACAUUGACGGCUCCCAUGAAACCGUCCAGCUCAUCAAGUUGGGCUCUGCCGGGGAAAUUAGGAUACGGUACAAGGGAACAGCUUUCCAGAGCCAAGUCCUGACCAAAACUGCCAACAGCCUCCUGUCCCUCAUCCCUGAGAAACCCAAGGUUGACCAAAGCAAGCAAGUGUUGUCCCCAAUGCCUGGGCUCGUCAAGACCAUCAACUGUGCCCCGGGUGACAUGGUGGCGGAGGGCCAGGAGCUGUGUGUCAUUGAGGCCAUGAAGAUGCAGAACUCCCUGUCCGCCGCUGCCAGCGGGAAGGUGAAGGCUGUCAACGUGAAGCCCGGCGACACCGUGGAGGAGGAGCAGGUGCUGGUGGAGCUGGAGUAAGGCUGUGUGGUCCGCGCUGCACUCACCGCUGAGGAGAAAUGUGAUAAGUCAUUAAAACUACAGUGCUGGGUCCAGGUGAUGCCCAGCACUGCCUGCAGGCUGUGUUCUGUAAUUGAUUCACCAAGUUAUUUAUUUUGGACAUUAAUUUAUCGUAAUGAGCAGUCAUCUGUAAAUUUCUGAGCAUCUAACAGAGUCUAUCUUCAUGAAAAGUGGAGACCAUCAACAGUCAUAAAUAUAGGUUAUAUGAGAGGUUGUCAUCAUCUAAUGUGUUGGUGCACUUCUCUGUUCACCUCGAAGCAGCUCCUUGAAUCAAAAUGUCUGAAAUGUUACCAAGGACAUUUGAAGCACCGAUUUAUUUUUAAACAAAUUAUGUCAUGUAGGUAGUUGUGUUAAACUGAUAUGAGCUUAAAUUCCUUAAGUAAUGCCAUGUUGUGUGCUUAUUUAAUUAGAUAUUGUUCAUUGCAAUAGUGAGACCACGUGUAUGUUCUCUGUGUUAGAGUUCCACCUCUGGCCAGCGUGUGCACUUCGCUGUUUCCAGGUACCCGGUGCUGUCCCUGUUUAAUAAUCAACCUGGGUUUAAAAAUUUAGUUAAUUUAAAUUAAGGCAAGGAAUGUGUUUUCAGUGAAAGCUAGGAAUAACAUAACCUAGUGACACUGCAGGUCUGUGAAGCCUAAUAUGUGCACAGCACUUAUAAGAAAACUAUAUUAUGAAAUAUGAAAUUAUUACUGAUCCUGAUUAGGUUCAGGAAGAUGUUAAGGUUCUUGUUACUGGUUGGUGUCUACAUGAAGGGCAGAUGAGAGGGAUAAAAAACUGCUGUUGAAUAUGAAAUGAGAGGAGUAGACCAACGCAUAUUUAUGCAGCUGAUGCAGUCAGUGUGGUCAAAUUGUGCAGAGUACAGUCAGAAAAGGUGCAUGGAUAUGUAAGCAUUCAUGAUAUGGAUGCUUACAUUUUCAUAUAAUAUAAUUAAUCAUAUGGAAUGAGGAGUGAAAAAUAUCUAUAUGGAGUUCAGUGCCAUAAAGAAGAGAGAUGUGGAUGUCCUGAUGGCCACUGAUGGGCAGUGAUAUCCAUUGUGUAAUUACAUAAUUUCACACGCACCAAUGAUCUUUGUUUCAAUUAUUUUUUCUCUUGUAUAGUGAUUAACCAGACGAGAUCUCAAUAGCCAACCAAAGUCAGCAAUAUACCACUAUAGUAACAUACCACCAUGCUUUACUCUAGUAACUCGGCACUACCCUACGUGUGAUCCACCCCAGCACUGCUACAGCCCCCACUACUGCCAAAAGCCUCACUGUGUUGCUGCAGUAGAAGGAAAAUGCUUUAAAUGGAGAGCCUAGUCUUUUGUUUGAUGUGCUUGCUAGAUGUAAACAAAUGACAAAACAUGAAUUUGACUCCCAGUACGUAAACAAAUGACUGCGUGAAUUCAACUCCCAGUACGUAAACAGUGCGUGAAUUCAACUCCCAGUACGUAAACAAAUGACAGUACUAGAAUUUGACUCCCAGUAUUUCUCCUGUGACAAACUAUAAGAAUCAGAGAGUAGAAUUAAAUCUGGUAAAUGAUAUCCCCUUCUACCUCAAGAGCAAUGAUCUGGAGCCUGUAUAAAGUACCUAACCAGUGACGGAUGAGGAAAAGAUUGACCUGAAGGGAGAUAGCUAAAUAGGAAGAUAGGGAGAUGGAUAAAUAUGAGCAUAAGACUACCUCUCAUUCUUCAGCCCAAAUAUAAUUCCUUUGUGCAAGAUGUCAGCAAAUAUAAGUGAUUAGCCAAUACCUCUGCUUUCCCUUUCUCUCCCUCUUCCAUCUCCUUUCCUCAUCCUCCUCUUUUUUUUCUAUUUUCCUGGCUUUACAUUACCUCCCAUUACUUCUCUUUUCUUUCUUCCUUUCACCUCCCUCUCCCUCCUCUUCCUUCCUCACCUUUCCUUCACAUAACCUCUAUCUAUUUAAAAUCUCCAUGCAAGAUGUCACCAAAUAUAAAUACACCA